CCUGUGUUUGUUCCCAGUGUUUGCCAGGACUAUGCCAUUGGGAAAGGGGUUGGUUGGGAGGGUGAUUGUGGAGGCUGGGCUGGAUUUCUGCCCUUCCCUGGGCAGUGCAGUGUCCAGUGCACUUUGAUCCCUGGAGGGAGGCUUGGCAGAGACAGCUGGCAUUCUACCCAAGCUGGGAACGGGCUCCACAGCACGCCUUGCUGCGUUCCCAGUGAGAGAGAGGGUGGGAGUGUGUGGGUCAGGAUGAGGCCUCUGCUCUGGGCUGCCUGCAGCCAGCUGCUGCCCAAGGCAGCUGGGCUCUGUGCUCCCAAGCCAGCUGUGACCACCAUGGUGACAGCAUCACACCACAGCCUGCGGCCUCCAGCCCUUCUGGCUGCCUCCAGUAUGUCUGCAGGGCUCCUCCAGCCCCUGCUCCCAGGGAGCAGAGCCCCCAGCUGCUGGAGCUCACAGUUCAACGUGCCCCCCAGUGCCCUGCUCGUGGCCCGGCCUGUGGGAAUCUGCUCCAUGAUGAGGCUUCCCGUGCAGGCGUCUGCGGAGGGACUGGACGUGGCGUUUGUGGGUGUCCCGCUGGACACAGGCACGUCCAACCGGCCGGGAGCCAGGUUCGGCCCGCGUCAGAUCCGCGCCGAGUCGGCCAUGCUGAGGAGGUUCAACGGCAGCACCGGGGCCGCGCCCUUUGACUCCCUGCGGGUGGCCGACAUCGGGGACGUGAACGUGAACCUCUACAACCUGCCCGACAGCUGCCGCCUCAUCCGGGACUCCUACCAGGAGAUCGUGGCCUCGGGCUGUGUGCCCCUCACCUUGGGUGGAGAUCACACCAUAACAUACCCAAUCCUGCAGGCCCUGGCUGCAAAGCACGGUCCCGUGGGGCUGGUGCACGUGGAUGCUCACACGGACACCGGGGACACGGCCCUGGGGCAGCGGAUCUACCACGGGAGCUCGUUCCGGCGCUGCGCGGAGGAAGGGCUGCUGGACUGCGGCCGCGUGGUGCAGAUCGGCAUCCGAGGCUCCUCCUAUGACCCAGAUCCCCACAAGUACUGCCGGGAGCAGGGUUUCCGCGUGGUCCCAGCUGAGCAGUGCUGGAUGAAGUCCCUGGAGCCGCUGAUGAGGGAGGUGAGGGCGCAGAUGGGGGAGAGGCCGAUGUACAUCAGCUUCGAUAUCGACGGGCUGGACCCCGCCUACGCCCCGGGCACCGGCACCCCCGAGAUAGCCGGGCUCACACCUGCACAGGCUUUGGAGAUUAUUCGUGGCUGCAAAGGCCUGAACAUAGUGGGGUGUGACCUUGUGGAAGUUGCACCAAUGUAUGAUGUCUCUGGCAAUACAGCCCUCCUGGGGGCAAACCUACUGUUUGAGAUGCUGUGUGUCCUCCCAGGAGUGAAGACACUGUGAGGGCACUUCCCACCUGCCCUGGGGCAACGCUUCUCUGUGUUCUGAGCCAGGCUUUCCAUGUCCCCUUCCCUUCAGAAAGCUGCAGCCAGCAUGGGUUUUGCAGCAUGAAAUAAAUGCCAUUUACUACUAGAAAA